GCCAACCCAGAAAGAGGUAAAGAAAGGACGCUCGAGAGACUUUUACAGACGGGAUGCGGUCCCUACAGGACAUGUCAAGCCUGUGACUUCUUUGCCUAAUGAUCUUUGACGUCUCCGCUCAGAGCGCACUUUCCCACCUGAGGAGUCCGCUUUUAGGAGUCCGUCCCCUCACAAACGGAAGACUCGUCCCUCACGAAGCGCCAAGAUGUCAGAGCUGAGCUCUAAAAAACAAGGAUUUAAAAAAUGCCGGAGUGCCACUUUUAGCAUCGAUGGCUUCAACUUCACUAUCGUUGCGAAUGAGGCGGGAGAAAGCUGCGCGAGACCCCUGGCACGCUUCGCACGUUCCAAGUCCCAGAAUGCUCUGUGGAACGCUAUCACAGCGGGCAUCGGGAUCAAGGAUAAGGAUAAGCGGGGCAUCCUGAUCGACCCGAGGAGUCCAGAGGAGAUUCUGGCUGAUGACCUGCCCUCUGUCGACACUCCUGAUGCCAUGGAGAAGACCGCCAUCAGGCUGAGAUGUUUGGUGAAACAAUUGGAAAGAGGCGAGGCUUCUGUCGUCGACCUAAAGAAGAAUCUCGAAUAUGCUGCAUCCGUUUUAGAAUCUGUCUAUAUAGAAGAGACGAGGCGGUUGGUGGACACGGAAGAUGAGCUGAGUGACAUUCAGUCCGACUCCGUUCCCUCAGAAGUGCGCGACUGGCUGGCGUCGACGUUCACGCGUCAGAUGGGGCUGAUGCUGAGGCGGUCGGAGGAGAAGCCGCGAUUUCGCAGCAUCGUGCACGCGGUGCAGGCUGGGAUAUUUGUGGAAAGGAUGUACCGACGGACCUCCAACAUGGUGGGUUUGAGCUAUCCGCCCAGCGUGAUCACAGCCUUGAAGCAUGUGGACACGUGGUCGUUUGAUGUCUUCACACUGAAUGAUGCCAGCGGAGAUCAUUCACUGAAAUUUAUUUUUUAUGAACUUCUCACCAGAUAUGACUUAAUCAAUCGCUUUAAGAUACCCGUUUCUGCUCUGGUGUCUUUUGUGGAGGCUUUGGAGGUGGGCUACACUAAAUUCAGGAACCCCUACCACAACCUAAUCCAUGCCGCAGACGUCACCCAGACGGUUCAUUAUCUUCUGCUUAAAACCGGCAUGGUGCACUGGUUGACCGAGUUAGAGAUCUUCGCCAUGCUGUUUGCCGCAGUCGUGCACGAUUACGAACACACGGGCACCACCAACAACUUCCACAUUCAGACCAAGUCAGACUCUGCCAUACUGUACAAUGACCGCGCCUUUCAGGAGAACCACCACGUGAGCGCUGCGUAUCGCCUCAUGCAAGAUGACGACGACAUGAACAUCCUCAACAAUUUGUCCAAGGACGAUUGGAGGGAAUUCCGCACCCUGGUGGUCGAUAUGGUCCUGGCCACGGACAUGUCCUGCCACUUCCAGCAGAUCAAAGCCAUGAAGAACUUCCUCCAGCAGCCAGAAGCGAUCGACAAACCCAAGGCAUUAUCACUGUUACUGCACACAGCCGACAUCAGCCACCCUGCCAAAAUCUGGAACAUGCAUCACCGCUGGACCACCUCGCUGUUGGAGGAGUUCUUCAGACAGGGUGAUAAGGAGGCAGAACUCGGACUUCCUUUCUCCCCCCUGUGUGACCGCAAAUCCACCAUGGUGGCGCAGUCUCAGAUUGGCUUCAUCGAUUUCAUCGUAGAGCCGACGUUCACAGUUCUCACGGACAUGAUCGAAAAAAUCGUGACCCCGCUGGUUGAAGAGUCGUCACACACCAGCCUCGCUGGAUUUAGACGCUCCAGUCUGAAUAACAUCCCAUCAGACAGUAAACGGUCCGGCGUGAGAAGCACGGGUUCUGAAGGCGGCACUUCCACCAACUGCCCUGUAAACGCCCUUGACUUUAAGUCCUUCAGGAGCACCUGGAAUGAUCAGGUGCUCAAAAACAGAGAAACAUGGAAAGCACAGGCCGCUAAAGAUCUAGAAGAAAAGGCCAAACAGGAUGAGAUGGAGGAGAAACAGAAGACAAACAAUCCUACGGAGACGCAGAGCAGUGACACUUCAGAAAUAGGGAACAACACUAAAACACAGGACAAAGACCAAAACAACACGGACUCAUCGGACAAAUUACAGGACAAGAGGCAAGACAAAGGCACAGAUGAGAAAGAUUCAAAGACUCAAGACGACAACGCUACGUUAGGUGAUGCUGAACCCGCAGAACUGCAGCCCAGAGAGCAAGAGGGAAAUAAAGAUCCGGGAUCGGAUGCCAAAGAGCCCGAGACGAGCAGCAACACGGACAACAGUCAGCGAGCACACAACUGGAAUGAAGACCUGAACUCUCCUGACAGUGCCGACAGUGAAAGCAAGAAAUCAGACGACUCAGAAGAGGAGCGCGGGAGCUCCCCUCCACACCGGUCCGCGCCUGAUGCAAACUAGAAACCCUGCUCUGUGCUGUCACCUGGUGGUUACUUUCUUUCAUUAUUCAUCUGUUUUCUUUUUCUCUGAAAAGUUAACGUUUCUGUCUUUCUCUGAGGGACGUUGUUUCUCUUUAAUUCGUGUUUGACUGAGGAUUUCAUGACCUCACUUGCGAACCUGGUGUUGGGUCAGAGAUGCACAAGUCUGCAUUCAAGAACAGAGACUUUGGCUUUCACACAAAUGGACACGUACAACAUAAUAUACUGUGUGCCCGUGUAUGUGGAAGUGGUUUGAAAGCGCCAAACCUUCACAAACAUCAGACGCAUCUACAGAAGAACCUCAGAAAUCUUCAGUUCCUUCAUAAUACAGCCAGAUCACAGACUGUCAUUACAGCAUCCAAAGAAUGUCUACAGAACUCUGUCUGUUCACCUCUUAUUUUGCGCAUUAUUAGUAUUGUUUGUUAAGUGUUUGUUUGUAGUAGUAGUUUUGAUGUUGUUGUCAUCCUGUUUUUUGUGUCUAUGAGACUGUACAUGUUUUAAUGUGUGUGUGUGUAAUCUGUACAAACGCCAGUCAGGAGCUUCUUCAAACCGUAUGUAAGUGAUCGAGGGUUUGAACCUUAGAACAGUGAUCAGUAAUUCUUUGCCAAUAUCCUUUGCCAAUGUCACUUCAAUCAGAGACGAUUUGAACUAAUUCAUAAAAAUAAUUUGUUUUAUUAGUUCAUAAAAUACCCCAAUUUCGACUGUAACCAUUCAAAUGAUGUUACUGUAAAUGACACAGCAAAGAGUAUAUCAGCUGAAUAUACAUAUAUAUAUAUUAUUGUAAUGAUAUAUCGCCACCUCAGAAUAAUAAGGUUCUAUCUGACAUUUUUGUCAAAAUUGAGUUAUUUAAAUAUUCGUAUAUACUGUAUAAGAAUAC